GUUGGAGUCUUAUUGCUCCCGAUUGAUUGCCUUGCCCUCCCCCUCCUCUCCUCGCAUCUGUCCCUUCUCCCAAUUCAACUCCCUAGUAGCGCAAGUCCUAGCUCGCCCGACGCCCGCUCAGAUGGACGGCAGCAGCCUCAAGUCCGCGCAGCUCCUCGAGCAGAUGCGCCUGCACCUGGCCACCGACGCCGGCAAGGAGAUCACCAAGAAGGUCGGCCUCGUCUACCAGCUCAACAUCGCCCCCAAGAAGCUCGGCGUCGACGAGGAGAUCUUCGUGGUCGACCUCAAGAAGGGCGAGGUCACCAAAGGGCCUUACGAGGGAAAGCCUGAUGCUACUUUCUCCUUCACGGAUAACGAUUUCCUUGGAAUCGCCACAGGCAAGACGAACCCGCAGAUUGCGUUCAUCCGAGGAGCGAUUAAGAUCAAGGGGAGCAUAAGCGCGGCGCAGAAAUUCACCCCUGAUAUCUUCCCCAAGCCAGCGAAGCUGUAGAAAGUUAGAUUGUUUUAUUCGGUUGCGUUUGGAUAAUAAGAGUUGCAAGAUGCAACCACUGUGUACCUGAUUGGAUGAGUGGAAUACAUGAACACACGACCGUCUGAUGUUAUCAGUGGAAUUUGGGUAAUACCAUGGUUAAUUUGUCACUUAAA